UGUUUCCGGGAGGUGGAUCGGCUGCUGGGUGAAGCGCAACAGCUACAUCCCACAAAACCAUUUUAGUGUCAAAACAGAUCAAAACAGGCUCUUCUAGAAAGAGGUGGUGUUGACGGGAAGUGAUGUCAGGUCAGAAGCGCCCCAGUGAUGCCGGCAGCUCUGCCACCCUCGGUGCUCCUCCAGAGAAGAAGAAGGGAGGUGAGGAUGGAGAGGGUAUGAGCACGGGAUCAGGAGGAAGCACCGCUGUGGAAACCGUCAUCAAACUGGGAGGAGGGGCCAACUUGGAAGAACAAGAUAUCAAAGCACUCCAGAUUAAAAACAGGAAGUUGGGAGAGGCUCUGGACCAAAGACAGGUGAUUGAGGAUGAACUGAGGGAGCGAGUUGAGACAUUGGAGACUCGACAGGCGACAGAUGAUGCAAGUUUGUUGAUUCUAAACCGAUACUGGAACCAGUUUGAUGAAAACGUGCGAUUAUUCAUACGUCGCUGUGACCAAUCAGGAAGUGAGCCUGUGGAAAGCCAACCUCCUGAGGGGCGGAGCUUAAAACCUGGAACCCCAGAACCAGAUGGAGACUCAAACCAGGAGCGAGCAAAAGACAGAGGCCAGCAGGGGGAGGGAGUUAGCUCUUUUCUGGCUAUACUGGCCAGCAGCACCAGUGAGGAGAUUGACGCAGAGCUGCAGGAGCGAGUGGAGUCCAGCUGCAAACAGGCCAGUCGCGUGGUGGAAAUCUAUGAGAAUCUGAAGAACAUGGUGGAUCAGCUAAAGAAGGAUCUGGAGUCUGGAACAGAUGGCGGUCUCUGGGACGUUGCCGUCCGCCUCAACACCCUCCUCACCAGUGUGAAUGAGCGUCUCUGCCAGCUGACCGAUGGCCUCCAGCAGAAACACAGUCACAUGACCAGCGAGUCUCGUUCACUGGGCCGGGCGGCUAAUCGUGCUGAUAACAGGAUCAGUGAACUGCAAGGGCUCAUUGAGGAGCUGCAGUGGGACAUGGAGAAGAUCAGACGCCGCGAGAAUCGGCUCAACACACACCUGGUGGAGGUGCUGGAAAGGGUGAACAGUAAAGGAUACAAGGUGUGUGGUGAAGCAAGCAGUGUAUGUGGAACCAUCACUAUCAACAAAAGAAAGUUUGAAGAGAUGAACAGCGAAUUGGAGGAAAACAGGGAGCUGGCCGAGAAUCGGCUCAGUGAACUCCAGAAACUCCAGCAGGACCUGCAGACAGUUUACCAGGAGAAUACUAACAUGAAGGUGGAGCUGUUGUCUAGAGCUGAAGAAGUGGCCAGAGACAGUGCAGAGUAUCGCUGUCUGCAGUCUCAGUUUUCUGUGCUCUACAAUGAAUCUCUGGUGCUGAAAUCUCAGCUGGACGAGACCAAAGCAAGACUCAACACGACCAGGACUGCACGUCUGCGCCAACUGGACCACAUGGAGAAUGAUGAGGUCUCCUUGCAGCGUAAGGUCCGCACUGAAGUCAUUCAGCUGGAAGACACAUUAGCACAAGUGCGCAAGGAGUACGAGAUGCUCAGGAUUGAAUUUGAACAGACAUUAGCUGCUAAUGAACAAGCAGGCCCCAUAAACCGAGAGAUGAGACAUUUGAUCAGUACACUGCAGACCCAUAACCAGCAGAUGAAGGGUGAGGUGGUCAAAUAUAAAAUCAGAUUGAGAGAGGCUCAGCAAGAGCUCAGCCAAGUAAGAACAAAGAAAGGCAAUGCUGCUGUCCAGUCUCAGUCCAGCACGGAGAUGGAUGUAAGAGAGACGGUCUCUCCACUUACCCCUGCCCCGACCACUGACGUUACUGUGAAGGCGGAGCCUGACAGCGGCUCUGCUACACCCAGCACCACUGGCGUAACGGUCAAGACUGAACCAGGUACAGAUGCAGAGACUGUGGUGAAAGAGGAGGAAAAGGAGAAAGAAAAAGAUAAAGAAAAAGAAAAGGAAAAGGACAAAGAGAAGGAGCAAAGAAGAGAGCGGGUGACGCGUGGCAGCACCGGAAGCUUAGGGGUGAAAGAAGAGAGAGACAAAGCUGGCGCCAGCAGCAGCCAAUCAGAAGACAUCGCAGUUGAACGCUGUGCUGUAAUUGGAGGGCCUAAACGCAAGGAGAUGGAGCAGCUGAAAAUAGUGCGGGUGGAGCUGAAGAAAGCUCAAGAGUCCCAGAGGGAGAUGAAGCUGUUGGACAUGUACCGCUCAGCACCGAAAGAACAGAGGGAUAAAGUGCAGCUGAUGGCAGCUGAGAAGAAGACUAAGUCAGAGGCCGAGGAGCUCCGUCAGCGGGUGCGAGAGCUGGAGGAGAGGGAGAGGAGAGAAGGAAAGAAGAUGGCAGAUGAAGAAGCUCUCAGAAAGAUCCGCUCUGUGGAGGAGCAGAUCGAUAUUCUCAAUAAGAAACUCUCUCUUGCCAAGCAGGUAGAGCUCUGAUUCACACAAAAAUGCUUGCUGAGUGAAAUGGACGUGACGGGCCAGGCGUUUGAAGACAUGCAGGAGCAGAACAUUCGUCUGAUGCAGCAGCUCAGAGAGAAGGAUGAUGCCAACUUCAAACUCAUGAGCGAGCGCAUCAAAUCCAACCAGAUCCACAAACUCCUCAAAGAGGAGAAAGAGGAGCUCGCUGACCAGCUGCUCACACUUAAAACACAGGUGGAUGCUCAGCUACAGGUGGUUCGGAAGCUGGAGGAGAAAGAGCGCCUCCUGCAGGGCACCAUCAGCGCAGCAGAGAGAGAGCUGGGGCUUCGCACGCAGGCAUUAGAGAUGAACAAACGCAAGGCGCAGGAGUCCGUGCUGCUGUCGGAGGAGGUGAGGACUCAGCUGGAGGGGGUGCAGCAGAGAUUGCGUUCAGUCAGAGAAGAGGUGAUUGAGAACAGCAUCUCACGAGAGAAGGAGUCUUUCAAUGCCAGACGUGCACAGGAGGACAUAUCCAAACUCCGCAGGAAGAUCGAGAAGGCCAAGAAACCGGCAGAGAACAUUCGAAAUGGAGAUGAGAUCCUGAAUGAAGAAAUAAACGAAUACAAGGCCCGAUUGACGUGUCCAUGCUGCAAUUCACGCGUAAAGGACGCAGUUCUGACAAAGUGCUUCCACGUAUUCUGUUUCGAGUGCGUGAAGACACGUUACGACACCCGUCAGAGAAAGUGCCCAAAGUGCAAUGCUGCAUUUGGUGCCAACGACUUCCACCGCAUAUACAUCGGUUGAAGCUUGUGAAUCACAGCACCUGCAUCUGUUUGGUCCAGUUUCUCAGCGUUGUUCUGCGGUUGGAGCGUGUCCGGUAUUGGGCGAGCAUCAAGUGUUUUACAUUCCAUUUGAUUCGCUCUUCAGAAAACAACCGACAUGUUGAUUAGACGUCCCAGCAUCGGUUUAGCAGAACUAACCUGGUCACAUUCCACAGGUCUGUCUUAGCC